AUGAUAUUGGCCACCGCGACUCUGGGCCUUCUCAUGAGUGUUAUCUUUCUUGCGACCGCAAAAAGAUUGGCUGCCGCAUUUGUUCCAGUUCAAGUGCGACACGCUUCUCUCACAUAUGUGCGGCUGUCUUCAGUUCAAGCAUUGACAUCCUCUGCUGAAGCUGCGCUAUCAUCUUCCACUAGGGCACUGGAUAAUCCAGAUGUACCUUUGAUGAUCAGCACAGCCAAAUUCUUGAUCAACAUCGUUCUUGAUCUGCUCUUCAUUUCAAGGUUUCACGUCGGUAGCUCUAAGCCAACUAUCGUCAUACAAGCUAUUAUAAGGCUGGUCUGUGAGGUCGUCUCCGUUGUUGUCGGAUUAAUUUAUUUUGGCCUGGUUGUUGUGAAACGAAAAAGAGGAGAUGAUGGCCAUUGUGGACGAUUGAAAGUAAGCUUCGAUGAUCUGCUGACUCUAGUGCGGCCAAGCCUCUGGACAUUCGCAGAGUCAGCAAUUAGAAAUGCCAUAUACUUGUGGCUCAUCAACAGAAUAAUUCAACUCGGCGAAACUUAUGCUACUGCCUGGGGUAUCUUUACGACAAUUAGAUGGGGGCUCAUCAUGGUACCCGUCCAGGCUCUCGAAGCGUCUACUCUCGCUUUUGUUGGUCAUAAUUGGGGACGAUUCCGAGCCGAUCGAGAGGCACAGUACCCAAAAGCUUCAAGAGCUGAGAUUCUAAGUGAGUACUAUAAGCCCCUCUCAUGGUCAUUAGUUAACAUGUUCAAGGGAUCUUACGGCCUGCCUUCAUGUCAUGCAUUAUUGCAUUGA